ACACCUGUCACUUCCUCUUGCUCUCUCGUUUUCUUGAAGUGCUACUUCUAGCGCUCACAAAACCACAAGAAACUGUUCCUUCUUCUGGUUCUUCAAAUUCUUGUGUUUUUUAAGCCAAAGAAACGGAAGGAAAAUCUUCUUGUAAACAUUCGAACUCCGAAUUUCUGACAUCUUAACCUUUUCCCUCUUCGCGUGCCGCAGAGGAGGAGGAAAGGGGAAAAUGGGAGUCGGAACUAGUAACUUUGUAAUCAGAUGGAUCAACUUUUUCACCAUGCUUUUGGCUGUUGCAGUAAUAAUAUUUGGAAUAUGGAUGAGCAAUCAUCAUGAUGGCUGUAGGAAGUCUCUCACUCUGCCUGUGAUAAGCCUUGGAGCAUUUAUCUUCAUAAUAGUGCGUACAUCCACUGCCACUUGCCAACACCUUAAAGAAUUUGAUUUUAGCUUCUGGACUCUGGUAUCAUCCUUGACAUUUCACUUGCAGUAUCUGAUCAUCCUAUGCUUCAUCUUAAUAGCUAUUCUGGUCUUCACUGUACUGGCGUUUAUUGUGACUAAUAAUGGAUCAGGUCAUAACGUGGCUGGCUUGAGGUACAAGGAGUAUCAACUGGAAGAUUACAGCUCAUGGUUCCUCAAACAAUUGAACAAUUCUCGUAACUGGGCUCACCUGAGGAGUUGUCUUGUCAAAUCUGAAGACUGCAAUAAGCUAUCAAAAAAAUACAAGACUCUUAAACAAUAUAAAUUGGCUAAAUUGACCUCCAUUGAGGCUGGCUGUUGUAGACCACCUUCUGAAUGUGGAUAUCCUGCUGUAAAUGCAUCAUACUAUGACUUGACCUUUCAUCCAGUUAGCGCUAGCUAUGACUGCAGACGGUACAAAAACUCUCGGGUAGUCAAAUGUUAUGAUUGUGAUUCUUGCAAGGCUGGGGUUGCACAAUACAUGAAAACUGAGUGGAGGAUCGUUGCAAUAUUUAAUGUUGUUUUAUUUGUUGUGUUGGCUAUUAUAUACUUUGUUGGAUGCUGUGCGAGACGAAAUGCUGCCAGGAGCCAUUCUAAGGCUUGAAGGGAGAAUAUAUGUGCUGCUUCUACAAAUUUCUUUUGAUUAAUGCCAAUUGAAGAUAUCAAUGUCUGCGGCAUUUGGUUUGUACUUGUUUAGUGACUUUUUUUUCCCAAAAAAAAAAAUAAAAAUAAAAUUUGGUAAAAAAUUGUGAAUUUCUGUACCCAUGAGACUUGACUUUUGUUAUGUCAUCACAUUUUUAUUCUUUGAAGUGUAUAGCAAAUUCAAAUUUAGGAAACUUACUGUGCAUGGACAAGUUUAAUCAUGCAAAGUGUGGCUUAUUAUUCCUUUUGGAGGAUUUGUCAGAAUACAAUCAAGAUUAUCUCAA